CCCUCCCGCCUCUCCCCCUUUGGCCUCCCCCUCUCCCUCCCUCUCUCUCUCAUCGCCGCCCUCUCCUCCCCGCGGCCGCCCGGGCGCUCAGAGCGUGUCGUGGCCCGCCCGGCCCACGCCCGUCCACGCGACCAGCCCCGCGCGACCAGCCGCAGCAAUGCAGGGCCUCCAGACGCUGCUCGUGCUCGCCCUGCUGCCCGCCGCGCUCGGCGGGGCGCAGGCCGCCGCGCGCGCCGGCGGGGCGAUCGGCCAGCUCGAGAUGCAGAUGCACGCCAUGGAGGUCGAGCAGGACCCCUGCGCGGGCUGCGACGAGGGGCUGGCCUACAGCUACCAGGCCUGCGCGCGGGACCACGGCAACCCGUGCGCGGAGCGCAACGAGGCCGGCCUGGUCACGGGCGCGCAGGGCACGAAGAAGGACGUCUCCUGCUGCCUGACGAAGGAGAAGCACGACCGGUGCCUGGAGUGCAAGAGCAUGGACUGUGCGUACAAGACCUGCAACGUCAACAAGCAGUACUACGCUGAGCGCACGCUGGUCGAGGCGGAGAACACGAGGGACAAACAGUGGGACAGCAAGGCCAUGGAGGCCGCCGGCUGGGGCACCGACAACACGGACUGAGGAUCGGCGGCGGGCCGUGCCAGCUCCCGAGGGCACCCGCGCGGCCAGCCCGUGGACGACUGCCUCCUGCUCCUCGCCCUCCUCUUCCCUCCUCCUCCCUCCACCUCUCGCCCGCCUACAUCCCCUCGCUAUCCGCACCCGUCCCACUGCCGGCGCUGCUCUGGGG